AUGGUGGUACAGGCAAGGGUGGAGCAUGGUCCACACUGCAUCACCCAGGGCUUCCUUGCCAUUGCAGUGAGGUGCUCCAUGGAGAUGCUGCAGAGUGCAGCUCUUUCAGGAGCUGCAGCCAGUAGUGCGGGAGUGACCUCCGGCAGAAAGCUGUGGAAUUGCAGCUCAUCCAGUGUGCCUUUCCUCUUCCACAGCACUUGCUCUGAAAUUUGGGGACUGAGUACACCAAAUACGAUAGAUCAGUGGGAUACAACAGGCCUUUACAGCUUCUCUGAACAAACCAGGUCUCUAGAUGGCCGCCUUCAGGUUUCACAUCGAAAAGGGUUGCCACAUGUUAUAUAUUGCCGAUUAUGGCGCUGGCCUGAUCUUCACAGUCAUCAUGAGCUCAAGGCAAUUGAAAACUGCGAAUAUGCUUUUAAUCUGAAAAAGGAUGAAGUUUGUGUAAACCCUUACCACUACCAGAGAGUUGAAACACCAGUUUUGCCUCCGGUAUUAGUGCCCCGGCACACUGAGAUUCUAACAGAACUACCGCCUCUGGAUGAUUAUACGCACUCCAUUCCAGAAAACACUAAUUUCCCAGCGGGAAUUGAGCCACAGAGUAAUUACAUCCCAGAAACGCCACCACCUGGUUAUAUCAGUGAAGAUGGAGAAACAAGUGAUCAACAGUUGAACCAAAGUAUGGACACAGGCUCUCCAGCAGAACUGUCUCCCACUACCCUGUCUCCUGUCAAUCAUAGCUUGGAUUUGCAGCCAGUUACCUACUCAGAACCUGCAUUUUGGUGUUCAAUAGCUUAUUAUGAAUUAAACCAGAGGGUUGGAGAGACCUUCCAUGCAUCACAGCCCUCACUCACUGUAGAUGGCUUUACGGAUCCAUCAAAUUCAGAGAGGUUCUGCCUAGGUUUGCUCUCCAACGUUAACCGAAAUGCUACAGUAGAAAACAGAAGACAUAUAGGAAGAGGAGUGCGCUUAUAUUACAUAGGUGGGGAAGUUUUUGCUGAGUGCCUAAGUGACAGUGCAAUCUUUGUGCAGAGCCCCAAUUGUAAUCAGAGGUACGGCUGGCACCCUGCAACAGUGUGUAAAAUUCCACCAGGCUGUAACCUGAAGAUCUUUAACAACCAGGAAUUUGCUGCUCUUCUGGCUCAGUCUGUUAAUCAGGGUUUUGAGGCCGUGUAUCAGCUAACUAGAAUGUGCACCAUAAGAAUGAGUUUUGUGAAAGGGUGGGGAGCAGAAUAUCGAAGGCAGACAGUAACAAGUACUCCUUGCUGGAUUGAACUUCAUCUGAAUGGACCUCUACAGUGGUUGGACAAAGUAUUAACUCAGAUGGGAUCCCCUUCAGUGCGUUGCUCAAGCAUGUCGUAAUGCUUCACCAGUCAAGUCCCAUCAAAAGACUUAAUGUAACAAUUCUUCUGUCAUAGUAUUUGUGUAUGGUCCCCAUGGACUGUUUGCUAUCCAAAAAUUCGAAAGAGAAAACAGCACUUGAGGUCUCAUCAAUUAAAGCACCUUGUGGAAUCUGUUUCCUAUAUUUGAAUAUUAGAUGGGAAAAUUAGUGUCUAGAAAUGCCCUCCCAAAAAGGGGGAAGAGAAGAUUUAAAGACUUAAUGAUGUCUUGUUGGGCAUAAGACUGAGUGUCCCAAAGGUUUAUUAAUGACAGUAGUAGUUAUGUGUACAGGUAAUGUAUCAUGAUCCAGUAUUGCAGUAUUGUGCUGUUUAUCUACAUUUUAGUUUGCAUAAAUGAGAUGUGUGCGUGUGCGUGUGUGUGUGUGUGUGUGUGCGCGUGCGCUGCUUCUCGACCUAGGCAAGCCUUUAUAAAGUUACAGUACCUAAUCUGUUAUUCCCACUUCUCCGUUAUUUUUGUGUGUCUUUUUUAAUAUAUAAUAUAUAUAUCAAGAUUUUCAAAUUAUCAUUUAGAAGCAGAUUUUCCUUGUAGAAAAACUAAUUUUUCUGCCUUUUACCAAAAAUAAACUCUUGGGGGAAGAAAAUGGAUUAACUUUUGAAAUCCUUGACCUUAAUGUGUUCAGUGGAGCUUAACAGUCACUCUUUUUGUGUUUAUUUACUGCUAAAUCUCAUUAUGAGGAAACCUUACUGAAAACCUUUCCCAGCCUCUUUUCUUCAUCCCGCUUUUGUUCUGAUACCAAAACAGUGCCGCGUGACAUCAUUGCACUGGUAACUGCUGCCGCCAGUAAAUUCUGGGUUAUAAAGUUCAUAUGGCAUAAGUCCUUUUGACUUACAACCAGAUUUCAACAGAUAAUAAUUGACUUAUAUAACCCAGCAGUCUAUUGAGUUAACCUUCCACUUCAUAAAAAAUGCACAAGUGGCAGUAUAAUUGUUUUCAGGGAUAUGCUAGAAGUAUUUCAGUAUAUUUAUCCUUUUUAAACAGCCAAUCUAGUAAUAAAAUACCCCUUUUUAAAAGGUAUUUUAAAAUAUUUCAGCAGCAGAUUUUCUGCUCUUUGAUUUGAGCAGCUUCAUUUGACUUAGUUACCAGGUUGUAUUAUUGAAACGGACCUUUUGUAAAUGUAAUUGCUUCUGCAUAAUAUCUAGCGAAGUGAUGCUGAGGUAUGAUCAGCAGAUAAGGGCCAUCUAUUUUUAAAGUAUGUUGUAUUCAAUUUAUAAAUUGAAUGUUAUUUUACAUAAUUAUGAACUUAGAAUUUUAAAGAUUGGGAAAGAAGUCGCUUAGCAGGUUUUUUAGCUUAUAAUUACCUGCGGUCUGACCUGUUCUUAACUAAUCCUGGGUAUGUGGUUGACCAUACUUUGCUCUGCAGUGAGAGAUUCCAGCAGCUCUGUUGGUAGUCUGUUCUGCAGCAGAUACUUAUGUCUAAUGUUGACUCAUUGCAGUGUAAACAUAUCUUCUUGUUUGCAUCUCAGUAGAAAUGGAAAAUAACCACUCCUAAUCUCCUUUUCGUGAAUUUUCAUAUUUUUGGAGAUAGAUACCUUUGGUACUUGUUCUUUGAAACCACAUUCACCUAUAUGUACAGGUAUCAUUUUCGAUACUUUGAGCAUUUGGUUAUUUUCUAUCGGAUAUUCCCCAUUUUCCUAUAUUUGUGUGUAUAUAUGUGUGUGUGUUCAUGUAAAUUUGGUAUAAUAAUUUUUUAUUCAUCCAACAAAUAUUUAUUGUUCACCUGUUAUGUGCCAGGAACUUUCUUAGCCUUUGGGUAAAGGUGAACAAGACAGCUCCAGUUCCUGCCUUUGCUGAGACAGCAGUUGAUGUAACCUGUAAUCAUCUUAAGUGUUUAUGAAGGAGAUAACAGGGUACUGUCUAGAGAAUAGCAGAUGGGAUGCUUCAGGUGGGACAUCAAGAAGGCCUCUGAGGACAUGAUGCUUGAGCUAACGCCUGGCAUAGAAGGAGCAAGCCAUGUGAAGAGCCAAGGGAGAUGAGCACUACUGGCGAAGGGAACAGCAUCAAGCAUGAAGGCUCAUGCUAAAGGCAACUCACUCUUAGGUGGUCAUGCUUUACACAGAAACCUCUACACAGAUACAGACUUGACGAUCAGAAUGGUUCUGCAGUUUAUAAUAUGUUGAAGGUGGCCUUAUUUUGUGAUAGACUGCUUCGUGUCAUCCUCACUAAUACAUCAUCUUCUUCAAACCUUUGCUAUAAAAAUUUCUUACUUGCACCAGGUCAAUACCACUUAAUUUAACAACCCUUUCUUAAGCAAAUUUUCACCAACUAGUGACCUGCUGUUUGUUUCCAGACUUCCUGUGACCCACUAAUUAUUACUUCUACUACCAGUCUUGUGAUUAGAGUAAGUAUUCCAGAUGUUACCAUUGUCAGGCCUGCUAGAGAUACCAGUGGAACCUCUGCCCUUCGUUGGAAGGUUUGAUGUACUUGUACCUGAUGUUAGGGUACAGUUCUGUGGCGGAGAACAACCUUGGAAGUGGUAGGCGUGGCUAGCAGUUAAUCUUGUAUUGACAUGUCAGGUGAAGUGAUGCUAGCUGUGCCAUUUCAACCAUAGGGCACAUCUCCACAAUUCAGGGGGAUUUUUCUAUUCAAUAUGAAACUGGGACUGAGCUCUUUGAAAACACCUUUUGUAUUGAACAGUCAGUUUUAUCAUGGCAGUGAUUACUUUCUGUGAACAUGUUUAAUGAUCAUAUUUGCAUUUCAAUGAGAUACUCUUUUUCAUUCUGUUUUUUUCAACUGUGGCCUAGCUUUUGUUUAUCCCUCCCCCUUAUAGUGGUGUUUUUUUAUUCCAACUGAUUGAGUUUCCUCUCUGUUGAAUUUUGUCCUGAUUUAGUUAGCAAUAUUAUAUAGAAUUUACUCUCCACAGUAUUGUCAGUGUUGUUUGUGAAGCACCCUCAGAACUGAAUGGCUAUGCUGGCUGUCUGGUGUUUUCUCAAAGACCCUACAGAGGCACUGCAGGGCUGGCCUAGGGCUUGGUGGCUGAUGGAGUCUCCACCGACUUUGGUCCAAUAAAUGGCAGCUUAUUUUAUGUUGAAGUUUUUUUCUGAAGAAAAAAAAAGUUUCAUUGCUUUUUAAAAAUAGUUUGAGAAGUCAUUAGAACUUAUUAGAAAAUAUAAUUGAAUUUAGGCCAGUCUUUGGGAGUACUACUAAGUUGUGCUCAUUUCAUCCCACUUAAAGAAGCUUUCCUGAUAAGGUCUGAACCAUACCAAUUAUGCUGACUAUACAUUAUGGUGUACAUUCAGUCAGUGAACACAUAUUGAUGCCUGUUGUUUACCCAGUCACUGUGAUAGAUGUCGAGUAAUAAAAUGAUGCCUAGCAUACGGUCCUUGCCCUCAAUCAGGGUUUAGACCUGUGGGGGUUUACUGUUGCUCUCAGGACCUGUCGCUUUGCCAGAAAGUAAAUCUGCCUAAUUUUUCUGGAAAGCUAAAUCUAAUUCUGUACUGUUACUCUGUAUACUAAGUAUAUUUGCAGAUUAUUUAACAUCUAGUUAAAUUUUUUAUCUUAAAUCAUAUGCAGUUUUGUUUCAUUCAUCUGCCUUUUAAACAUUGUCAGAUUGUCUCCUUUUUAAAAAUUAUUUUAAUUUCACUUCAUUUGUGCCUUUGUUGUCAACUUCAUCAUGACUUAAAGACUUUGAAAGUGAAAAACAAUCAGUCUAAUCUCUUGCUAGUUAAAAUCCAAUAAAAAAGUAUAUACCCAGUUGGUUUCUCUACCUCUUCUAACAGCUGUCCAUAUAUACCUUUAAAAUCUGUUGUUUUUUAAAAAAUUACUAAAUACUUGGAAUAUUUAUUCUGUAUUAGACAUCCUCUUCAUCUAGGAGUAAGAUGGGUUGAUAGUGCGAUUUAAAAUAACAGAAGACAAUCUUCACUGUACUUAAAAUCUGUUUGUGUGUAGUCUUUGCUAUAAUAGUGGAACAUUCCAAUUUGCCCAUUUGUGCCCCCCCACCCCAUGACAUUGAUUUCCCCAAGCAUCUCUUCAGACAGAUGCUCUACCACUUGAGCCAUGCCUCCAGUCCUUUUCACCAAGUAUCUCUUUAGAUAAAUCAGUAAUCUGUGGAGAAGCAUCUUACUCUGAUCUAAGGCAUUGCUGUUUAGAUAUAUCAAAUUAUUUCCCAUUUUCCUUACCUUCAUGUGUUUUACUUUGCUGAAUCCUUUGUAUUCCUCAACUGGAUUUUUGAAAUUUUUUUCUUCUCCUGACAAUAUAAUCCAAGUGGUACCUGCUAGCUGCCCUUUCCUCUGUCACCCAUGUUCUAUUUGUAUACAUCAGAAUGUCUCUCCCUUUUGAACCUUACUGUUACCCAAAAAGGAGGUGCUUUUUGUACACCAUGUCCUCACUUCUUUACUAGGAAAGUCAGUAUUGUUCAUUGGUCUACCCCUUUAAUUUUACAGAUGGCUUCAGAAUUCUAUCCAGUUAAAUGUCUUUGUGAUUGUUAAGUAGCAGAUUAUCAGAUCUUAAGCUAUAUUUUUUAUGAAAUUUUCUGGUUAUUGGAGCCAGUAUUUUCCCUAAAAUAGCAGCUGUAGUCCAACUUGGGGCAUAUUGGAUAUUUUGUAUUUAAUACAAUGAAGAUGAUAAUGAUACACAGUCUCCAGAUGUCAGAAUCCUGCCAUUGAGUUCCUUUUUUACCUUUGCAAGUUUUUGUGAAUAUCUUGUUUGUUCAAACUACCUUUUGUUUUUGGGGGAGAAGAUUGAGGGACAAAUUAUCUCCUGGGGUGGAAUUCCUGUGUUUUGAGCCUCAGCCAGCAAAUGUGAGCUGUACUAGAUAGUUUCAUGAUAGCCUUUGUAAGAACUGGUCUCGUGUAAUUUCUUGAAUACGAACUGUUUUAUCUUGGAUAUUGCAGCUAACUUGAUAACAGAACUGCCUCAAACAUUUUAGUAGGAAAGUACGUGGUGGUGGAUAUGAGUUUAUAUGCACAUAUACACUCAGAAAAACUAACAGUUGGGGUCAUUUUAACAGUCGUGAAUUAUUCUGUUGUUUAAAUGUCAGAUCUCAGUAAAAAGUUACUAAUUUGCUUUCAGACAUUUUCCUUUCAUGACAAUCAGUGUAAUUUUUUUUUUUUUAAAUCUUGCAGAGUCCUAAUUUGGCUAUUCAGUUAGUACACCAUUUUUAGCCAUCUUGACAAGAAUCAUAAGCAAAUUCGUCAGCAGCAGGAAAAGCUCUGCCAUAUAGCCCUUCACUAGGUUAUUACUCAUUUCGUGGUCUCUGGAAUGUACUAACUUAGGGUUAACUUUUUUUUUUUUUUUUAAAGUUAGCAUGUGCUCCACUUUAGUUCCUUUCUCUUUCCCCAUAAGAAUGCUGCUUAACAUACCUAGGAAGUAACCACUGUAAGGUCAAGUUCUCCUGUAUCUAGUGAUAAAAGAAGGUGUUUCAGACGAGAUUUUUCUUAGCCGAGCUCAACAGAAAUGGAUU